AUGGCAGAAGAUCGAAGCUUAGAGGUGCGAGCAGUUGCGGCGGUCUUCCUCGCAUUGGCUACAGUGGCUACGGCUCUCCGAUGCUAUGUACGCCUGGCGAUUGUGAAGGCGUUCGGCUGGGAUGAUGCCAUCAUGCUAUUGGCGUUGGGAUUCUUUGGCAUGUUUUCCGGGUGCAUGAUCGGAGGAAGCUUAUACGGGACCGGAAGGCACCUCACGGAACUUACGAAUGAUCAGAGAACAACCGCCAUGGAGUACUGGUUCUUAUGCGACGUUGCCUACUGCCUCUCGUCUAUCCUGUGCAAGAUCUCCGUCGGCAUAUUCCUCCUGCGUGUCACCGUGCACAAAGUUCAUCGCAUGGUGGUUUAUGCGGUAACCACGUUGGCGGUGGUAUUUGGGUUGAUGUUUUUGAUCCUCCUUCUCGCCCAGUGUAAACCGGUGAAGUUUUUCUGGAUGCGAUUAUCCACGGAAAACCCAGUUUCCGGGUCCUGCAUCAACAUGACUGUAAUCAUCGUGGCUCUGUAUAUCUUCAGCGCGGUGUCCUUUAUCUUUGACCUGACUGUGGGGGUUCUGCCCGUCUUCGUCGUGCGCAAUUUGCAGAUGCGUCGCGAUCUAAAGUAUGCCGUCGCCGGUCUUCUCGGCAUGGCUUGCAUUGCUUCCGUCGCGGUUCUGGUCCGGAUGGCAUAUGUCGAGACACUUCGGAACCCAGAUUUCCUAUACGCCACGGUUGGUAUCGCCGUGUGGUCCAACAUUGAGACCGGCCUGGGAAUCUUUGCCGGUAGUCUGGCAACCCUCCGCCCUCUACUACGAAUGAUCCGCCCGGGAACUGGUCGAUCAUAUAAUAAAAAUACCCCCUCAACUCCUGGAUCACGUACGUGGCACAACUCAUCGUUCCAGCGGAGCAACGCCCUGCCGUUGUCUUCUCUCACGACGGAAGAAGAGCGACAGCAUAGGCUGAAAGGAAAUGUGCGUGCCGGUACACCCAUCGAGACUGGACCGGGGAUGUCGUCGUCGAGUGUUGCAACUGAAGAUGAUAUAUCAGAUCACGAAUUGAUCCUACCCAAGGAUUCAGCAGACUACCAGUAUCAGAUCAACGUGCGGCGUGACUUUCACAUCACGAGCAGCGAAAGCCCUGUUUGAGAUGGGCAUGCCACACAUGCUAUGAACCCAUUAGAUACAAAUAAUCAUGACCUCAAUAAAAUGCAAACAAUUCUGGCAGUUAUGCACUCACGCAACAAAGGUGCUCGUGGUAACCAUAUCGUGCUCACACACCAUGAUCUAGAGGAGAUUUCUAGGGAUGCCUGUCUGUGUCCGUCUCCAACGACAUCACCACCGGCGCUUUAUUCAGACCAGACAGAACAAAGCGACCGUCUGCGCUCAUCGCCGGCCCGAUUCCAUAAAGAUGCCUGGGCUACGCGUCUGGCCCAUGGUGGCAUGGGUAUUGCCGCCAACCACGUGUAUAUACAGCGAGGAGUUUCCUCGGAAAUACCUAAGUAAUCA